CCCGUAUAUGUCUCGUUAUUCAGCCGGACGCCGCAAAAUCGGAUGGCAACGGCCACAAGGCGAGCGAAGAUGAAUUGGAAACUUGGUAAGGAACAGACAAAGACGCCGCCAUGUCACUCCUCAGAUGGGCGAACGAUGUCAGCGCUGAUCACCCAGCCGAGACAUCAGGACGGCUUGUAAAAAUAUGCUAGGAUGUCGAUGGAGGGCUGGUGCCUCUGGUUGGCAGCUGUCCUUUCCUGAUCUACUCGAACGCCGCUGAGUUGUGCUCCGAUACUUCGUUGCCACAAAUCGAGUACCUGCCCAGCCAGACUUGACUGUCGCUGUGUCCUUCGGCGGCCAGCUCCCGAAAGAGGCUCAGGGCCUGUAGUUGAUCCAUGGAGGUGCCGAAGCCAUGGUGCAGGAGGAGUCUGGGGUCGUCUCUGGCAGUCCGCAGGGCCGGGGCAGCUCAAAGAUGCAAUGCAAUGCAGACACCAGGGCCGCCUUGUGAUGGAGGACGAAUCCAAGACCAGCGUCCAACCAGCCGGCAAGCCGCUCUUGCCCUCGGCACAUCGCUGCUGGACCCCAACUCUCCCCGCCAUGCCAGCCUUCUUGCGCCUGCCGAUCCGCCCAUCGAUCGCCGCCCUGGCUGCUCAGGGUCGCUGCUUGGCUCCCGCACAUCCCCGAGCCCUCCCAGACCCGCAUCGCUUCUCCCGAGCCUGGAUCGCCAUGACCCACAGCGCCGCCCGUCCAACCGAGGGACCGAGCAGCGGAGCCGCACCCCCAGCUCAUGCACCCAAGCCCGAGGAUCUUCCUCCCGUCCGGGUCGGCGUUGGGGUCUUUGUGAUUCGCAAAUCAGACGGUGCCAUUCUGAUCGGCAAGCGGAAGGGCAGCCACGGAGCAGGCACAUAUCAACUUCCGGGAGGUCAUCUCGAGUUUGGUGAAUCGUUCGAGGAAUGUGCCCACCGCGAAGUGCUCGAGGAGGCUGGCUUGGCCAUCGAGAACGUAACCUUUGCGACCGCCGUCAAUGAUCCCAACCCCAAGGAGCGCCGUCACUACGUUUCCAUCUUCAUGCGGGGAGAGUGUGUCGAUGCCAACCCAGUUCCGGUGUUGGUCGAACCCGAGUACUGCGAGGGAUGGGAGUUUAUGACAUUCGACGAGCUCUAUCAACGAGAGCCCUUGUUCGGUCCGAUGAUACGGCUGAAGGAGCAGCAACCUGGUUUUCGUCCGUAACCGAAAGCGGUGAUCACCAGUCAACGCUGAACUCUCUCAAUGAUCCCUGCAAUCUCCACACGAUCCCUCUGUGAUCCUCUGUGAUCCUCCGUGAUCCUCCGUGA